AUGGGAUUUCUCAGAAUUAUCACAUCACUUACUCCAGGAGAUCCUCGGUCCCGAGUUUCACGUCCACGACGUGAAAAAAGUGAUAGGGGACCGAGCCAGCGUGCUCCCCCUUUCAGUCUUCCGCCUUAUGAAGCUCCUCCUCCUUCUUACGAAUCCCUUUCAACUACACCCGCGAGACCUAAAGGCGUUGAAUCAAAUUCUGAAAGUCAUCGUGCCACAACGAGAGCACAUUCUGGAAGUUUAGUUGCACCCAGCGGGCCAUCUAACAGGCCGAAAUUACCUCGUUCAUCACGAAGAGAAAGACCCCAUUCUUCGUAUACACCAAAAGUCGACCGCCGAUGUUCCCAGGCACACAUUCGAGAGAGAACGAAGUUCCCGAUGAGGAUUCCAUAA